AGACGUCUGCGGGGGACCCCAGGCAGCAGCGAGGCCAUGUGCCCACCGCUCAGCGGGCGCCACGCCUGCGAAGGCGUCUCCCGCCUCUACGUGUCCUGGCUGUACCAGCUCCAGCACGGGCAGAUGCGCAGCUGCUUCGCCUGCUUCAAGACGGCCUUCCUGGAGCUCAAGGACUCGCUGGAGGUGGAGGACUGGGACGACACCGACUCCUGGGACCCGGAGCCCGAGCCCGAGGAAGCCGAGGGUCCGGGUCAGCCGGUGCCGGGGGGCCCUGAGGCCUGGGGGGCCGGGGCCUCGGCUGCCACUGCGGGCGGCUCCGAGGAGCUGGGCACCAACGUCCACUUUGUGCCCACCCAGCUGAAUCUGCAGGACGUCGUGGCCCUGUGCCGGGGGCCCGAGGAUUCGGACUGGACCCAGGAGCUUCCCUGGAGAUUUGGGGACGUGCCUUCCUGCACCCACUGGCCCAUCUCCACCGCCCCGUGGCAGGAGCAGCUCCGCUGCGUCAGGGAGAUGCCCCUUAAGGAGCCCGAGGCCCCUGCCCCGGCCCAGGACUAGUUGCAGGACCUGUAGUGUCGGCCUGGAGGCCGGCUCUCCCUGGGGACCACCACAAGACUGUCCAACUCGGGUGACGAAGCACUGUUUCUGAGGACCCUCUCCAUUGUCUCACAUUCCCCCUGGACUCCCUGAGCGCGGAGCCCCACCCCAGAAUGGGACCUCCGACCCUCUGUAGCCCGGAGCCUGGGCCUGGGCCCUGGUGAGGGUCUCCCCUGCUGAUUCCUCAGCCC